AUGAUAACAUCGAUUAUAAUUGGUCUCACUGGCCAUUUUUUCUACUGGCUUCUAUUUGAUUCAUUCGGUAGAGCUAGAAAACGAGCGAAUAGGAAAGUUAAGUGGACCAAUAGUCAAAUAAAUGACGAAUAUAACGUCAUCAUCGUUGGUACAGGCUUUUCUGGUAUUGGCACUGCCAUUCGACUAAAUCAACUUGGUAUGAGCAACUACAUUCUCUUCGAGCGUGAUGCACACGUCGGUGGUACGUGGUAUGCCAACCAAUAUCCUGGAUGUGCAUGCGAUGUUCCAUCCAAUCUCUACUCAUUCUCAUUCGAACCUAAUCCAAACUGGUCCUACUACUUUAGUCGCCAACCAGAGAUUUGGAACUAUCUCGAACAUUGUGCAGACAAGUAUCGUGUCCGAUCACAUAUUCGCUUCAACACAACGGUCACUCAGCUCAAGUGGAUCGAAGAUCAACAGCUCUGGCAAGUGACAACUGAGUCGAACAAUGAAGAAAAAGUGUACUACGGUCGAUCGGUAGUACUUGGUACGGGUCCGCUGUCGAAUGCAGCCUAUCCGACCGAUAUCGAUGGAAUCGAAAAGUUCGAAGCGCGUGGCAGUGGUGGGUACCGGUGCAAGUGCCAUUCAAGUAGUGCCAGAAGUUCAGAAGAUGGGCGUGAAACAACUACUUGUCUUUCAACGUACGCCACCAUGGAUAGUGCCUCGAAUAGAUCGGCAAUUAACCGAUUGGGAAAAGAANACAUUGACUUUCGAAACAAGCGCGUGGCAGUGGUGGGUACCGGUGCAAGUGCCAUUCAAGUAGUGCCAGAAGUUCAGAAGAUGGGCGUGAAACAACUACUUGUCUUUCAACGUACGCCACCAUGGAUAGUGCCUCGAAUAGAUCGGCAAUUAACCGAUUGGGAAAAGAAUAUUUUGAAACGUUUUCCAAUUAUUCAGAAAUUGAUUCGUGCCAUGAUUUAUUGGGGAAGUGAAUCUAUAGCGUUGUCAUUCGUCUAUCGGUGGCCACUUCGCAUAAUUGAUCACCAGCUGGCCAGAUACAACUUGAACCGAGAAGUUAAAGAUCCUCUAUUGAGAAAAAAGGUCACACCAACAUGGGACCUAGGUUGUAAACGCACUUUACUAACAAAUGAUUGGUAUUCAACCCUUCAAAAACCGAACGUAAAACUAGUCACAAAUCGUAUUCAUGAGGUGAAAGCACAUUCGAUAGCGACAUACGAUGGUGAUGAAUAUCCCGUUGACAUUAUCAUCUGGUCAACAGGAUUCCAAGUUCAGACAUUUCCGCUACCUGUUUACGGUAUCGAUGGUCAUUCGCUAAGCGAUGAAUGGUCAAAUACGAUACAAGCCUAUCGAGGUGUCACCGUACCUAGUUUUCCAAACUUAUACAUUCUUCUCGGUCCCAAUACAGGUCUUGGCCACAAUUCUGUAGUCAUAAUGAUCGAAUCCCAAAUAAACUACAUCGCCGAAGCACUUCUCUACAUGGAUCGAUACAACCUACGGUCAAUGGAAAUCAAACGAGACGUUCAUGUACAAUUCAACAAGGAAAUACAGUCGAAAUUAAAGAAAACAGUGUGGCAAAGUGGUAAAUGCCGGUCGGGGUAUCAAGAUAGUCAAGGUAACAAUACUGCCAUAUGGCCCGAUUGUACGUGGUUAUAUGUGUUAUUGAUGAACAAAUUCGAUUAUGAAAAUUAUAUUGCUCGUAAAUAA